CAUGGAGGUAGUCAAACAAGUUAAAAGAGCUUACCAGAAAUUUCCUGAAAUCUUGGCUUCGGCCCAGUUCCCAAAAAAGGUAAAAAUAGUGGAAGUUAGUCCAAGAGAUGGGCUCCAAAAUGAGAAAGGAAUCGUACCUACAGAGACUAAAAUUGAUCUAAUUAACAAAUUAUCCCAGACUGGCUUAAGAGUAGUUGAGGCAACCAGUUUUGUAUCUCCUAAAUGGGUACCACAAAUGGGCGAUGCUGCUGAUGUAAUGACUGGAAUUACUAGAGAAGAAGGUGUCUCAUACCCCGUCCUAACUCCAAACCUUCGAGGACUUGAAGGAGCAAUGAAAGCAGGAGCAUUAGAAGUUUCCGUGUUUGGAGCUGCUUCUGAAAGCUUCACGAAAAAGAAUAUCAAUUGUACAAUUGAAGAGAGUUUGGAUAGAUUCGAAGAUGUAAUGAAGCUAGCCUUAGAGUCCGAUCUUAAGGUUAGAGGAUAUGUAUCCUGAGUUAUGGGCUGUCCUUACGAAGGAGAUAUAGAUCCACAAACAGUAGCUGAAGUUUCUAGAAGGCUAUUCGAUAUGGGAUGCUAUGAAAUAUCCUUAGGAGAUACGAUAGGUAUUGGCACAAUGGACAAAACAAUAGCUAUGCUUGAAGCUGUCGACGUUCCAGUUGAAAACUUAGCAGCUCAUUUCCAUAACACUUAUAAUAGAGCAAUUGAGAACUUAGUUAUUGCUCUAGCUAAAGGAGUUUCAGUAAUCGAUUCGAGUGUCGCAGGUAUCGGAGGCUGUCCUUACGCCAAAGGAGCUAGUGGAAAUGUUGCAACUGAAGAUGUCCUCUACAUGCUUGAACUAUUAGGGAUCGAGCAUGAUGUUGACUUUCCUAAACUAAUGGAAGUAGGAGACUUUAUCUCAACUGCUAUUGAGAAAGACAACUUAUCGAAAGUAAAGUUAGAGGAUCUUGAACUUAUUGAAGAGAGAAGGAGUUCUGAAUUAGUUUAAGGAUAUUGUAGAAAUGAGAGGCCUUCAAUAAAA